ACGACGACAGACAAAACAUAAAAGAUGGAGGAAGAAAGAAAAAACACUAACUCGAUCUACAUAUUUCCCGAGCUACUGGAAGAAAUUUUCCUUGGAUUGCCUUUGAAAUCAAUCCUCAAAUUCAAAACCGUCUCAAAACAAUGGAGAUCAAUCCUGGAAUCGAAGUUGUUCGUGGAACGGCGUAGGACUCUUCAAAAGAACCGCCGGAAAAUCCUGGCUGCUUACAACUGCAUCUACUGCAGGCGGCCGAGUAUCCUCCCUGAGUCUCGGUUCGAAGGGGACGAAGAGAUCGUUUAUCUGCACUGCGACGCCGCGCAACCCUCGAUGACUUGCGACGGUUUAGUCUGCAUCACAGAACCUGGUUGGUUCAACGUUUUGAACCCCUCCACCGGACAACUCCGGCGAUUCCCACCCGGUCCAGAUCCAGUAAAAGGAACGCAAGGAAAUUGGCUCUUGGGAUUCGGUAGAGACAAAGUUACGGGCAGGUAUAAAAUAGUGAGGUUGUGUUUUCGUGAUUUUUAUGAAUUUGGUAUUCUUGAUAUUGAAACUGGUGAAUGGAGCAAACUGAGGACACCUCCUCAUAUUAUGCUUCCGGGAAGUAAAUCAGUGUAUGUGAAUGGAUCAAUCUACUGGUUACAAAUUAGUGCGAGUUACAUAAUACUAGCCUUGGAUCUUCACAAAGAAAACUACUAUGGUAUCCACCACCUUCCAGCUACGUGGGUCACGCAGGAAACCCAGUUAGCGAACCUUGAGGACCGUCUAGCUAUGGCCAUGACGACCAAAGUUGGGCCUGAAUGGAUACUAGAGAUCUGGAGCAUGGAUAUAGAAGAAAAAGGAUGGAGCAAGAAUUACUCAUGGAGCAAGACUUACUCCAUAGGUUUAGCCCAUAGAGUUGUUGUAUCCUGGCCAUGGGAGAAAAGGUGGUUCACGCCCGUGUCGGUUUCUAAGCAAGGGAAUCUUGUCUUCUAUGAUAAUCACAAGAGGCUGUUCAAAUAUUAUUCAGGUAGAGAUGAGAUUCGUUGUCUCUCCUCUAACAUUUGUGUUAUAUCUUCUUACGUUGAAAAUUUGGCCCCACUUCCGUUAAAACCAAGCCAUGCGGAUUCCAAGUUCAGCACAUCCAGUUGCCGCUUGUUCCCUACGCGAGGUUCUUGGAAAUUCAAAAUUUUGAGAAGGAAUGUUAGUAUCCUAAAUGUUUUGUUUACCUCUGCUUAUUACCUCUCUAGGAGACUAGGAGUUACUUAGCGCUAGUGUCAAAAUCUAUUCUUUGGUUCAAGAUCUUGUUUUGCUAAUGCAUUAAAAAACAUUUUGGAUA